AUGGGAACUGCCCAAAAUAACAGUGACCUCAAACUACCUGUAGUGGAGCUUGACCUGUGUAACAAGAACAUGAUGGCAGACAGGUCUGACCACAGCGUCCUUCCUGUUGGAGAAGAGGAAGGAACAGGCAGCUUCCAGCGUUCGUUCCCAACACGAGAAUCCAUCCGAUCCCCACGGGGCUCUGUUGUGAGUUUCCAUAACAUCCAGUACUCUGUCAAGCAGUCCAGUGGAUUCCUGUGUAAACAGAAAACUGUACAAAAGAAGAUCCUUCAUAAUGUCUAUGGCAUCAUGAAGCCAGGCUUGAAUGCUAUCCUGGGGCCAACAGGCAGUGGUAAAUCUUCUCUCCUAGAUGUGCUGGCUGCCAGGAAGGACCCAGCAGGCCUAUCUGGAGAAGUGCUUAUAGAUGGCAUCCCACAACCUCCAAACUUCAAGUGCAUCUCAGGAUAUGUUGUGCAGGAUGAUGUUGUCAUGGGCACAAUGACAGUGAGAGAGAAUCUGCACUUCUCUGCUGCCCUGCGAUUGCCCAGCUCCAUCUCCACUGAAGAAAAGGAAGAGCGAGUCACCCAGAUAAUCAGUGAGCUGGGGUUAAGCAAAGUGGCUGAUGCAAAGGUAGGAACCGAAUUGAUCCGGGGAGUGUCUGGAGGGGAGCGGAAGAGAACCAACAUUGGGAUGGAGCUCAUCACAGAGCCGCCAGUCCUUUUUCUAGAUGAGCCAACAACUGGCCUUGACGCCAGCACAGCCAAUGCUGUGCUCAUCCUUUUGAAGAAGCUCUCCAGAAGAGGCCGAACCAUAAUUUUUUCCAUCCACCAGCCUCGUUAUUCCAUAUUCAAGCUAUUUGACAGUCUAACAUUACUUGCGUUGGGAAAGGUGCUGUACCAUGGACCUGCUAAGAAGGCCCUGGAAUACUUUCAUUCUAUUGGAUAUGAAUGUGAACCCUUCAACAACCCAGCUGACUUCUUCCUUGAUGUCAUAAAUGGUGAUUCAACUGCUGUGGCAGCAAGCAAGGAAGAUCAUAGACCUGUGGACACAAAAAAAGAGGUGAGUGGCGAAAAUGGAGUGGCAGAGGAGAACACAGACAGCAGUGUGGUGGAUGAGCUGCACCAGAAGUACCUCAACUCCAGUCUGUAUCAGAGCACAAGGGAAGCAUUGAGGAAAGUGGAGCUUGGGCAGGAAAGCAAGCAGGGGAGAUCCAAGAAGGGACAUGAGAUUACCUAUGCGAAUGGCUUCCUCACCCAGCUGUACUGGGUGUCCAAGCGCUCACUGAAAAACCUCAUCAGGAACCCGCAGGCCUCUAUUGCACAGAUUGCAGUGACCAUAAUUCUAGCUCUGGUUGUGGGUGCCAUCUUUUUUGGUGCAAAACUGGAUCGAAGUGGCAUUCAGAAUCGGGUUGGUUCUUUGUUUUUUGUCACCACAAACCAGUGUUUUUCCAGUGUCUCUGCAAUUGAGUUGUUCAUCAGAGACAAGAAGUUAUUUGUCCAUCAGUACACCAGUGGAUACUACCGUGUAUCUGCCUACUUCCUGGCCUUGAUGAUAGGAGAUCUGUUGCCCAUGAGAACUGCUCCAGCCAUCAUAUUCUCAUGCAUCACUUACUGGAUGAUUGGCUACCAGGCUGUUGCAGGCCGGUUCUUCUUCUUCAUGCUGACCCUGGUACUGGUAUCCUACACUGCCACCACCAUGUCUCUGGCCAUCAGUGCUGGGAUGGAAGUAGUGGCUGUGGCCAAUCUGCUCAUCACUAUUUGUUUUGUCCUGAUGCUU